UUGAAUCGGUACAGUCGUGUGUUUUGCCGAGCGGAACACAGCACGAGUUCCGGCGACUUGAAUUGACAGCAAUUAACGAACAAAAUUUAGUGUCGACCGGGAGAUCCCGUGACGAAAUACAGAGUGAGAGAGAGACUGUUGUGAAGUGCGGCGGGGGUGUGCGAAAAUUUUCCCCUCAGUAAUUUAGUGUCCAAGUGUCCGGAAUUUCGGAAAAAUUGGUGAAACCAUGAUAAGAAAACGGCCGUUGAUGCCGCUACUGCUGCUGCUGGUGGCGGUGACCACGCUGGCGGAUGCCCAGAAAGCGGAAAGUCGAGCUACCGUGGAUUCGUCAGCGAUCUUGGAGAGUGCCAUGUGUCUGAUUCGGGCCCAGCCGAUGCUGUGCAUACGGCAGCAGGCCGCCCGGAUGCUGGACAACUGGGAGGACAUUCUGGACGCGAAGAAGCACGAAAUGAUGGAGGAAGCCGACAAGGAAGCCCAGAAACGUCAGAGCCGGGCCCUCAACGGGGACACCGCCAAACAGGCCAAACCGUCCAGCCUGAUGAACCAGAUCGAGGACGGGCUCUCGAUCGUCGCGGACUUCGUUUCGGACGGAGUUGACAGCUAUUCGUCGGACGACAGCAGCAAGCGCAAAUCGGUCGCGGAGGACGCGGCGGACGUGGCCGGAACCGGCAAGAAGCACCUGCACCACAUCCUGCACAAGCUAGGUAGCAAAACGGCCGCCACCAAUCGUAGCGAAGAGAGUGGCGUUGCACGUGGGUCCGACGCGACGGAUUUGGAUGAGGAAGUGGAGGCCGCCGUGGAGGAUGGUUUUGUGGAUUAUGGAUUUGGCGCCGGGCCAGAGAAAGCUAUCGGUAGAGGCAAGCAAGGGGGUGACCCGGAUUUUGGUUACGGUGAUGAUGGUGGUCAUGGUCAUGGAGGUGGGUCCGAAUUGAAGUCCAACACAAACAGUACUAGAGCCAUUCGCGGAAGAGACAGCAACGACGACGACGACGAAGGCGAGGAGGAGGAAACUGGCCGCAACGGAAGCGGCGAGGGCGGAGGCUUCCGACGCAAGCGCAAGGGUAAGAAGAAGAAGACGUACAUGAAGCUGUUCAUCCUCGGAGCGGCCCUCAAGGGCAAGAUCGAGCUGCUGCUCAAGAUCCUGUCGUUCCACCUGCAGCUCAAGUUCUUCGCGAUCGCCGCCAUCGGUCUGCUGAUCAACAUCGCCCGGUUCUGGAUCGACAUCAAGAAGCAGCCGCACCCGCAAAAAGUAAUCUACUACGAGCACGCCCAGCACCAGCACCACUACGACGAGGGACACGGCGGCGGCGACGAAUGGAACGGCGGCUACUGGAAGCGAUCCCUGCACAAUGUCCACGAUGACGGCCCGGUGGCGGCGGCGUCCGAGCCCAGCUACGGUUACUACGCCCAGGAGCGCAGCGAGGACGACUCCGGCCAUCACUAUCGGGGCCAGCAGCACUAUGUCCAGCAACCUCAGGCCAACAAUCCGAGCCACUAUCCGUACGAUCCGCACAGCAUGGCGUACAACCAGCAGCGGCCAUAUGCCUAACACUUUUUUUCUUUAGGAAGGUUAGGUUAGGUUAGGGUUACGGAGGUCUCCCCCUAUCGAGUUCUUAUUUCAUCUUCAUCAUCCCAUUCUCAUCAUCAUCAUCCGUCUCAUUUUGUAUAAAUCUAACGCAAAAGCCAGUGUUACACUAACCUUCUCAAUAUCUCACGAAAAGCCGUACUCUUUUUUCCCCUAUUGUUCAGCGUUGUCAUCGUUAGUCCUUAGGUAGUAUGGAGAAGAAUCAUCGUUUUGUUAGUUUUGAGUUAGACUGUUUAUUUAUUUAUUUAUUGAACUAAUAUUUAUUUGUAACGUGAUGCCUUUUUUUGAGUAUUUAAUUCGAUCCAUGUGCGAAAAUCGUAAUGAAUUGUAGUGAAUGAAAAACUAUUAUUGUGUGGAAGAAUAAAUAACAAAUUAAAACGA